GCAUUGUUUGACAUUGUCAAAAAUUGUCAGUGUGAUUUGUUAUUCUUGAAGUAUUUACUAACGAAGACGGAGAUUGCAGUGGAGGUGACUUUUUUAAAAUAAAAUAAAAAAUGUCCGAUCAAGAGAAUUGGGGUGAAGACGACGAUAAUGAUCCAGAUUAUGUCCCUCCAGUGGAGAUAGAAAAUGGGCACGUCACUUCAACCACUGAGGAUGAUUCCGAAUCUUCUGACGAUGAAGUUCCUACGACGUCCACAAAUGGAGAGUUCAACACAGAUCUGCCUACAGCCCACAAGUAUUUAGGUAAGCUUAAACAUGUAAGUGGGUAUACAUUGUAUGAUGAUGAAGAAGUAUUGGAAGUUAUGGCAAUCUACACAACAACAAUGGUAUUUCCUGGGUUUACACUACCUUUGGUUAUCAACAACUAUGCAGAAAUGUCUGUUAUGCAGUCUUACAUUGAGAAAAACAGUGUUUUUGUCCUAAUAAUUGCAAAUGCCAAACUAAAUGGUGUUUUUGAGUAUGGUGUGACAAUGGAGAUAUUUGAAAAUCAAGUAAGAAUUAAUUCAUUACACAUCAAGGCUAAGGGAAGGCAAAGAUGUAGACUACUGGGAGAGCUGAAAAAUUGGGGUGGUCAAUUGAAGCAAGUAAUUGUGAAGAUACUGGCAGAACCUGAAAUCACUAGCCCUCUUUGUGAUACUCAACUAUACACCUUAAAGAGGCUGAAGCCAUACACUUCUGAAAAGUAUUGUGAUAUCAUUAAAAAUUAUAAAUAUAGGAGGUACCAUUUAUGUCAAUAUCCACUUGAAUCAUGGGUAUAUGAUAAAUAUGAAGUCAGUUAUUAUGUUAAAUUAUUGUUAGAAGGACUUUCAAAUUAUUUGGGAGAAUAUAUACCAAAGGAUCCUGUGAUGUUAAGUUAUUGGUUUGCCCAAAAUUACCUGUUGCUUCACGAAGAAAGGUUGCAUCUUUUACAGUUAAAUACAGCAUUGGAAAGGUUAAAAGUGGGUUACACAUUUUUGAAGAGGGUUAGUAGGGAUGCAUCACUUGUUUGAAAACAAAUUUAUUAUUCCCUUUUUAGGUAAGGAUAAUCAGGUGCAGUGGUUGUGAUGUGGAAAUCAGUGAUCCUUCAAAAGUAUUUGCAAUGUCAAAAGAUGGUAUUCAGAGCAAUUAUGUAAACCCAGGUGGCCAUAAUUAUGAAACCAUAACUGUAACAUCUGCACAAAACUUCCAAUUAGAAGGAAAACCAUCAAAGCAGUUCUCUUGGUUUCCAGGGUACGCGUGGACUAUCAUGCACUGCAAAAACUGUGGCAAGCACUUAGGGUGGAGAUUCACAAGCAGUAUAUCCAAACCAUAUUGUUUUUAUGGAUUAGCAAAGGGAGGUGUCAAGGUUCAUAUAGAAGGUGACUGCCACGACAAUAAGCUGAGAGUGUUUACAGCAAUAUUCGAAGAACCUUGAGGAACCACGUUUGCUAGAGAUUACAUCCCACUGUAAAACGGGUUGGUAACAAGAUUUAAUCGUUUAUUCGCGUUAAUAAAAGUUCUCUUCACUUCGUAACGAAGAGAAAUUGUCUCACAUUAAGCUUUGUUUCAGGCGGCUUCUAAAAAAUCUGAACUAACACCUUUCAACAGAUAACAUCGGAAAUUUAUUUUUUAUAUUGUUUUUGCUAAAAGUACAAUUGUACUUCCAUCUGAUUUGUGUGUAGAAAAAUGUAUUUAAUAUUGUAUAAACUUGUAAAAUAAGCUCAGAUUUUUCUUUUUACAUUUUUUGAAGUUAUAAUCGUGUUGUAAGCUUUAGAAAUAUAGGUUAAGAGAUAC